AUGGUCGGUUUGUGUGCUUUUAGGAAAACUCUUUACCAUAAUGUCUAUGAAUAUGAUUCACCGCUCUUUCACUCGAGUUUAUGUAAGUUUGAGUUCAUUUCGUACGACGACUGCGAACUCGAGAACCCAUGGAAGGAGUCUUUCAAACAAUUGUAUCGAGGCGUUCACGUGAGGCCCGGAUAUCAGGAGCAGUUUGAGGCAAACCCGGAGCGAUAUAAGGGUCGGAAUAUAACAUAUUUCGAUCGCAUAGAGCAGGCGUUCACGUACUCCGAAGAGUUAGAAAAUUCG